AUGACGGACGGCCAUCAAUUCAACAACAUCACCCUCGGAGGCCGUGGAGGCACUAAUCCAGGGCAGAUAAAAAUGUACUCUGGAGGAAUCGUAUGGAAGAGACAGGGUGGUGGUAAACUAAUUGAAAUUGAUAAAUCUGACAUAGAAGGGGUGACAUGGAUGAAGGUUCCAAAGACUAACCAACUUGGUGUUCAAAUUAGAGAUGGGUUGUACUACAAGUUCACAGGAUUUCGAGACCAGGAUGUUGUAAGUUUGACCAAUUUUUUCCAAAACACUUGUGGAAUAACAGUACGGGAGAAGCAGCUUUCUGUUAGCGGACGUAACUGGGGAGAAGUUGAUCUAAAUGGUUGGUUAUAUUACAUGAACUGA